GCCCGAGGCUCAGGCUCGAGUGUUGCACAUCGAGAGUUCACAGUCUCCGGGUUAACGCGCGGAUUUGAACACUUGGUGCUUCUCGCUAUGACUUAAGGAGGAAAAAGAAAGAAAAUUUAAUAUACAAUCGAAAUUAAUGACGAUUUACGCAAGUGCAGAUAAUUUCAAAUUGGCGAAUUAAUUGUUUGUUUCCGUCCUUUAUAAUUCUAACUUUUGUAAUAAUUACAUUAAUGUAGCAUAGAUAUUCUUUUCUCUAUGUUAGUCUCCAUCUAUAUUAAUAAGAUAAUGCAGUUCUAACUGUAUAAACAAGAGGAAAGAAUUGUACUCAACGGAGUUUGAAGGAUAUUAAUGUGAAUUAAUAAAAGAAAAAUUUUCGAUUCGAUAAGCUAAGUAUCAAAAUCCAGUGAAGAAAUCCAGUGAAGAAAUACGAAACACAGUGUGAAAGGGAAGAAAGAAAAAAAAACAAAAAGUCAUAUUUAAAAGAAAAAUCAAGUGUGGAAUUACAAGGAACGAAAAAAAAGACAGCGUAUAAAGACAAAGAGAAAGGAAUUCGAGUGAUAUCAUUCACGAGAAGAAAAGAUUCUUUUCACUUUAAAUGUAUAAUUAAAAUUGCUCAGAUACACAUUGAGAGAUGGCUGGAGCUGCUCCGGUUUUCGGCAAUUUUUCGUCAGAUGCCAUGUCAGGACUCACGAUGGAGCGCGGCGAUCGCUGCAAGGAGGGCCGCAAAAGUAUGUGGCAUUUGAUCUUCCUGUUAAUCGGCUCUGCAAUGGCCGGCGAGUCCGGGCCAGAGUCACCAACGGAUUUUUUCGACGCAACGAUCAAGAUUGAGGCACCGUUGCCUUACGAGGAUGCAUUUCCAAUUCCGCUUCCUGGUCUGCUGUAUCCUAGAGAAAGUGAAUCUCGCGAGGUAAGAUCGCUUGAUGGAUUAUGGGAUUUCGCCGUGUCUGAAGGAGAUGCUCUAAGGGGUUACAGAGAAGGAUGGUACGCCUUGGAUCUAUCGAAGGCUAGUGAAGUGAUGAAGAUGCCGGUGCCCUCAUCUUACAACGAUAUCACAACAUCACGGAAUCUCAGGGAUCAUGUCGGUGCCGUAUGGUAUCAAAGGACCUUCUUCGUGCCCUCGUUCUGGCGGGAUCAGCGGGUUUUUGUCAGAUUCGGCUCGGUCAACUAUCUCGCCCAAGUGUGGAUUAACGGCGUCUUGGUGACCAAUCACGAAAUGGGUCAUCUCCCCUUUGAAGGGGAGCUCUCGUCGUAUCUGACCUUCGGUGCCGAGAAUCGUAUUACCGUCGCCGUAGAUAACACCCUAUUACAAACCAGUGUACCCCAGGGAAAAAUCGUGGAGAUGGUCACUGACAACGGCACCGCACACAUGCAGACGUAUACCUUCGACUUCUUCAACUACGCGGGUAUACAUAGAUCCGUUUUACUGUACACCACGCCGCGCGUCUACGUCGAGGACAUCUCGGUGAGAACAAGCUUGAUCGGCGAGAUGGGAAUUGUCAAGUAUAUCAUACAACCAAAUGGAUUACGCGAGGGAGAAAUACCAAUCUGCAUGGUUUCUCUGUACGACGCCGAGCAAAAUCUGGCUAUCAAUGAACCCGUCGAAGGCCUGUCUGGUACCUUGAAGGUUCCGUUCGUCAAACUCUGGUGGCCCAGAGGCAUGGAUUCCAAACCGGGUUACCUGUACACUUUGGAGGUGAAGUUGUGGGUGGAAAAUGACACCAAGGUGGACAUUUACCGAUUGCCGAUCGGUAUCAGGACCUUGGCGUGGACUAACACGAGCCUGCUAUUAAACGAUCGACCGGUGUAUAUGCGUGGUUUCGGCAAGCACGAGGACUCUGCUAUCAGAGGACGUGGCUUUGAUCUCGUCACCUCUGUCAGGGAUCACGAAUUGCUCCAGUGGGUCGGGGCCAAUGCUUACAGGACCAGCCAUUAUCCUUAUAGUGACGAGGUUCUUGAUAUGGCUGACAGAUUGGGCUUUCUUAUAAUCGACGAGUGUCCUUCCGUCGACACGGAAAACUUUUCGCCAUCGUUGCUUUCGCGUCACAAGGACUCGCUCUCGGAGCUCAUCCGCAGAGACAAAAAUCGGCCUUCCGUGAUCAUGUGGUCUCUAGCUAAUGAGCCGAGGACUCAACUGGCUGAGGCCGACGAAUAUUUCAAACAGAUCGCUCAGCAUACCAAAGCAAUCGAUCCCACUAGGCCGGUCACUAUUGCUUUGGCUCGUGCAGUUCAGGAAGACAAAGCUGGUCAAUUUCUCGAUGUGAUCAGUUUUAAUCGUUAUAACGCCUGGUAUAGCAAUCCCGGCAGAAUUGACAUGAUCAAUGACAGGGUAUAUGAAGAAGCCGAGGCUUGGCAUAAAAAAUAUAAUAAACCGGUACUUAUAUCCGAAUACGGAGCUGACACCAUGCCCGGUUUGCACGAGCUACCGGAAUAUGUGUGGAGCGAAGAAUAUCAGAAGGAAUUGCUCUCUAAACACUUCGAGGCCUUCGAUCGCUUACGACAUGAAGGCUACUUCAUCGGCGAAUUUAUCUGGAACUUUGCCGAUUUCCGCACAGCACAAACGUAUACCAGAGUGGGUGGCAAUAGAAAAGGGAUCUUUACAAGGGAUAGGCAACCAAAAAUGGCAGCCCAUCAUGUUAGGAAAAGAUAUCACGCCCUCGCAGUUGAAUUAGAUGGUGUGCAGAUACCGGGAGAAGUCGAAGAUUAUUAUAUUUCGUCCUAUUAUUCUUCACACUCGGAACUUUGACUGAUUAAAAAAAAAGAAAAUAAAGACACAAGAUUUUGGAAUGUAAAAAUCGUUUCGCAGAGUCUUAAUUGACUCUUGACAAAAUAUUCUAUUGCUCGUUUUAUAUAUCGAUAAGUAAACACUGCACUGAUAACUUAAUAUAUAAAAUUAUUCACCUAAUAUAUAAUCUAUCACAAAAUCUCUCAUUUCACGAUAAUGAUAUAAAUAUUCCAUCCAUUCA